AUGGGCCAAUCUUUAACCCGGUUGCAACAAUGGCAGGAUGCACAAGCUCUACGCGAACUAGCACCGCAAAAAGACCCUGGUCAUGACCAGCCUUUGCCGAUACUAACUCGUGAUAUACUCAUCCAAGCCUUACAGAAUGUUGCUUCAUCUCUUAGCAAGAAAAACCGCGAUGUGAUAAUCACCGCUUUUGGUUGUGCUGUUAACACUGUUUACUUGCAAAGCUGCCUAGCUACACAUGACCUUGACUUUUUCAAUGACAACCUAGCGACCACAGAUCUUGAGGUCCCUCUUAGAGCAGCCAAAGAGGCAGUCAAACACGACAAGAAACUUGACGAGCAUUGGUUCAACAAUCGCACUAUCUUCUUCAUCCCGAAGGACCAACGGGCAGUACUGACGGAGCAGGCUCUGCGUCAGCGCGAGAUCAUGUUCACGGAACCUGGCCUCUCUCUUGACAGCACCCUGGGAAUAUGCCUUUUGUUGCAAAUUAGACCGCAUAGCUGGUGGUGGAUCAUGUCAGGCACGAACGUUCCCAAGCAGACUAUUCACGCCUGGCUUGCACAAUAUUCACUUCGGUGGACAGCAGCCAAUGACCACGUCCUCACAGAGGUCAAUGCUCGAACCAAAUCUCGAGUCAGUUUCGCUUGGAGUGAUGUUAAGUUGAUGCCUUCGUUACCGGCAUUGUUGUGUAAGAAAAAGCGCCCGCCCAAGAGCUAUGGGCCAGAAUCACGCAGCGACGGUGACGAUGAUGAGGAUGAAUAUGAUAAAAAGGUUGAGGAUAUCAUGAUCGGGUCAGUGGAGUCCGGCCCAUUGUCUAAGUAUCAGGUCUUUGGCCGUGUAGAUAUAUAG